AUGGCUACUGAUGACAUAUCACUCCGAGUUGGUAUGGGAAGAUUGGAAAUAGAACCUAUCAAAGUUAUAAAAAAUGUUAAUGAAGAAAAUCCUUUCUCAAAUAGCCUACAGAAACGUUACUCAGCUUUAAAAUCAUGUCCACAAAAUAUAAACUGUACAUGUCUAGUGAAAAAAAGGAAAAAACUGUCCAUUUGCAAAAAGAAAAAUAACAAAUUAAUAAAAGAACCCACUCUACGAUUGUCACAAAAUCACAGUAAAAAUAACAUAAUUAGAAAUGAGUGUCUGCAACUAUUUAAUGAAGAUAUUGUACAGAUACGCUUGCAAAAAUUCAACACGGACAAUAUAUGUCUGCACACACUCGUCGACAACUGUAACCAGCUAAGCAUAUCAACGGAAAAGAGUCAAAUGAGUGUUAGAGAUAUUAAGAAUGAUAACACGAAAUGGUGGAAGUGUGACACUGUGAGAGAGAGGCAGACGAAGGAAUCGGGAUCAGAAAGAAGUUCGGGCUCGUGUUCACAACAAGCUCUAAAUCCUCCCUGUGAUGUUACAAUAGAUGAACUAGCGAGCUACUUCGAAACACUAGUUCAUAUACCCAAAAAAAUGUCAUCGAUGGCUGAAAUGAUGUACAUUUGA